AUGGUUGCUACUUCUAAAAUUUACAAUCUCCGAUUGUAUGAAAUAGCACUCGAGUACGCUGAGGAAGCCGAUCAUGUUCCAGUUGAAUACGCUGAUGACUUCAACAAACUAACAAGAGAGCUUGCAGACAAUCUCGACUUCGAUAAUGAUGGAGUUCAACUCAUUGAGAACAUGAUCCUUGCUGAUAAUGAUGAUGAAAGCGUCUCCCUCCACUCUUCGGACUCCGACAUGACCGCUGAUCCAGAAUGGGCUCCAUUACCAGGGCAAAUCGUAGCAGACAGCGCCGAGCAAUACAGCUCCGACGACUCCAGCUCUGCCAUGUCUGAAGACGACUGUCAAUGCGAGCAAUGUAACGAUGACAACGAGGACGAGCCUAUUAUGCGAGACGCAUCAACUCAAACUGAAGUGGAAAUGGUCGUUCCUAGAUUUGAACGGCUUCACGCAACAUCGAACUCAUCAAUUGCCAUCAACAUACCGAGCGAUGAUGACCUCGAGGUCUUCUUCGAAGGAUCCACUGAACCAUCCAAUUCUGACUACGUUGUUCUCGAACAAAUGGUGGAGACAGCUCACACAAUGCACCCUAUCGAGUCUGCAAGGAAAAUCAAACGAAAGAAUCCUGUUCCAAGACGAAUGAAGCCUCGACGACUCUUUCCAAAAAAAGCUUACGAUAAAAACAAAACUGGGAAAUACCAAUUCACGCUUGAGGCAUUCUGGUCACCAAAGACUUGCUAUUACGAGAUUGUCUCAAAUGGAAAAGUUUUAUUCCACCCGAUUCCGUACUUUAUGCUGGUCAAAUCAUUACAGAUGAUGGAAAAACGAUUUGAACGAAUAGCAGAUUUUGCUAUUGAAAUGCCGGAUCUCAAAUUCUUCAAUUAUCAUGGACCUUUUUCUCCCGAUAAUUACUUUACCAUUGCUAAAGAAAUCAGGCGUGAAAUCAUUCUCUACACAAACUCGAAUCAAUUUCAAUUGAAGAAGCGAGUCGCCUUUCAAAGAAUAGGACGAUUUCGGGUCAAGAAUCCCAAGGUCGAGGAACCGCUUUACUUGUUUGUGAAAAAAGAUGAGCCCUCGCGAAUCUUUGUUGUCUACAACACAAAUGCGUUCAAGUCAAAUAUCUACCGAUGUAGCAAUACAAACUGCAAUAUGACUUUCGUAAAAGCUGACACUCGCGAUGCACAUGAAGCUAUCUGCAGGAAAAGAGCCAAUCGAGAAAUUGAACCGACUCUCAAAGCAUAUGGAAAGAAUAUCAAUCCGAUCAGCGAGCUAGUAAAAUUGGGACUCCUCGAAGAAAAAUACAAGUCUUUUCGAAAGACGAAAUUUGUUACUUUUGAUAUUGAAACUUAUGAGAGCCCACUCGGAGAUAAACGUCAAGAAACUGAAAUUCAUUCAUCUUUGAAACUUUUGUCGAUUGGAAUCGGAUCAAAUUUUGGCUUCGACAAGUUCAUCAUGCGUAAAGGAGACUCAUCAAUUCAUGCCGAGAACAUGGUAGAAGAGUUUGUUCUUACAAUUGAAGGGUUGACCAUGUCGCCAGAAAUGUCUCUUCCACCCGCAUUUUCAGUUGCUCUUGAAAAACUUUACGGACUCACCAACAGCGAAGAAAAUCUAAAAGAAAAGAUGAAGCUGCAGUCUCUGCUUAACGAACUAAAGCGUUACUGUUCCAUGGAUAUUUACGGCUUUAACUCCGCCAAAUUCGACUGCAAUGUCUUGGCUCCUUAUUUGAUACCUCUUUUGCAGAAAAGAUACUCAAAAUCAUUCAAUGUUAUCAAAAAGGGCUCGUCUUUCUUUUCGAUUUCGACGGAUAAAUUUGCUUUCAAAGACGCCAUGCUGUUUGGUUCGCCGAUCGGACUUGCAAAGUACCUGGAACAAGCAGGAAUCGGCGAAACAAAGUCAAUCUGGCCGUACGAGCUGUUUCACUCAAUUUCGGAGAUUGAAACCUGCCACGAAUUUCCCGACUAUGACUGCUUCUUUUCUCAUUUAAAGAACGUUAAUAUUGAUCACGAUCUUUACUUGGAAGAAAAAGGAAAAUUUGAAGAAAUGAAAAGAAACAACCCUCAAACUUCCAUGGUCGACUGGCUCCAGAACUACAACAUGCUUGACGUCAAUCCAUUUGCCAGAGCGAUUGAAUCUCAAUUCAAAGUCUUUUUUAAAGCUUUCAAAGUCGACCCGUCUUUAUGCUUUAGCCUUCCGAAAUAUGCGAUGAUUUGCUUAUUCAAUUACUACUCAAAGACAGCUCCGUUUUCAUACUCCUUCGGCAUAACGAGCACUGAAGAACACGAACUGUUUCGCAGCAACAUUAUCGGCGGCCUUGUCAAUGUUUUCUCGCGAUAUACUGAACUACGAGAUGAUGUUCCUGCUCCGAAAAAUGCAAAGUACGCGCCCAACGGGGACAGAUUCACAAAGAUAACAUUUCUUGAUUUCAAUGCGCUCUAUCUUUAUGCUCAAAAUCAAGAAAUGCCAACAACUCCAGGAAUACGCUGGAUUCGCGAAGGUGAUAGUUUCCGUAAGCAAAUUAUGGCCAAAGGAAACAGCCUGGUGGCUUUGGAAUGGCUUACGUAUAUUGAUGAAUACAGUGAUCUACUUGUUUCGAAGAAUGGCGAACGUGUUCCUCUUCAACAUCAAUAUUAUCGCGGUGAGUUCCAAGUGUUUGACUGGACAAUAGAUGGAUACGCUUGUGUUGACGAGAAGAAAUACUUUUUUGAGUUUCUUGGUUGUUUUUUUCAUUCUUGCUGUCCUUAUUGCAAGCCUGGAGAAGCUGAUGAGAAUUGGGAACGAAAGAAAAAUGUCUUGAUGGAACGCGGCACGCUUGUUUUCAUCCAUGAAUGCGUUUGGAAACGUAAAAAACAGCAGAACAUCCGGAUGCGCUCUCGCCAUUGGGGAAAAAUGUACCAGCAACAUACAGAGGGUGAUCUUCUUGAUGAAAUCAAAAAUGAUCAAGUUUUUGGAUUCAUUGUUGCCGAUGUAAAUACACCUGAAGACAUCGCAUCGGAAAUCAAGCACAUGAAUUUCCCGCCAGUGAUCCAAAGGAUGAAAAUAACUGAAGAUUUGGUUUCGCCCUACAUGAAAGAAAGAGCAAAGAUGGCAGAUCGAAAGAUCGAACAAGAGACAGUCGUCCAGACUUUCAAUGGGAAGCAGCUGCUGAUUUUAACAAAGCUCGCCAAGUUCUACAUGUCUCUUGGUCUAAAAAUCUCGAACGUGUCUCGAUUUGUACAGUAUAGAUCGGACAAAUGCCUUGGAGAAUUUUGCGAGUCGAUCACAGAGGGACGCAUACAAUCAAUUCUGAAGAAGAAAGCCGCUCUUGCUAAUGCUUUUAAAACGGUUGGGAAUUGCGGGUAUGGAAAGAUGGGGGAAAUUGUGGAUCGUCCGCGAGUUAAUUUUUGCAACGAGGAUCAAGUCGCGCGCGCAGCUCAGAAACCGCACUACAAAUUUUCGGAGCCGCUCACCCGAGAAGAUGGAGAUUACGAGCUUUCUCAAGUGACGAUGGAGAAAGCGAAGAUUCUUGACGACAAGCCUGUCGUGCUGGCUGUUGCCAUUUUGCAGCAAUCGAAAUUGCUCUUUUUAAGAUUCGUUUACGAUUUCCUCCACAAAUAUCUCGAAAAAGGCAGUUUCAAGCUCAACUACUGCGAUACUGAUAGUCUCGCUAUAUCAACGACAAAGACUGCUCCAUCCGGAGAGACUCGAAAAUCAAAGACUGCAUCGACCUUUCUGCCGAUUGUCAAACCGCAUCUCCGAAAAGCGUUUCUCCGGGAAUGGCAAGAUUGGUUUGUUAUUGAAGAUACAACGCGAAAUGACAAGACUCCAGGUCUUAUGAAAACGGAAUGGUCAACAGAAUCCGGCGCUCUUAUUGCUUUGGGAAAUAAAUUAUAUCUUGGAAUUGAUCCUGAAAAAGAUGUGAACAAACGAUCAUCAAAAGGUAUCCCACACAAUGUUGAAAUCGAAUUCGAAGCGAUGCUGAAUUGCCUCAAGGGAGUAAAUCUUGAAGAAAACAAGUUCCAGCUGACCGCUCUGCGGCGUCAACCUUCAAACGGCUUAGUUUGCCGAACUUCUACAUCAAAAAGACUUCUUAGCGAUGUAUUUUUUAAACUGUAUGUAAAUAACGAUAAGAUAACGUGCACUCCACUUUCAAAGGACGGUAAACUUCUCUAA